UUCGUAAACAACAGAGGCUUUCGGGGAUUUUGCUUUCUCUUUAUUUUUUAUUUUCCUUUUUUGCAUUUCUCAAUUCCUACGCGCCCAGAAGCAGAUGUACAACUCGCCUCCUAAACAGAAGAUCAGAUCUAGUGGCCAGAUAGAUUAUAAACAACUAAACGAAUAAUAUUUAAAACAUUUAAAUGAGCGUUCAAAGCAACCACCACGCUUCAAGUCCACUCUGCAGUGGCAACAAAUCAAAAAAAUCGAAGACGGAUAUUUUAAGGGCGGCUGUCGGUCGUCUCUAUCUGAAGCAAAAAUGUUUUGUGGGCACUGAUAAGUUUCGCAAAUCGGAUUUUGCAUUACUACAAAACAAGAAACAUUUUGUCUUGCAAAAAAUGAUUGAUGCCGAUUUGCAUGGAGGCAAUUCCUUUGUCUACUCCAACGUUUUGUGUCUGACCAACAACUAUAACAUGGUGGAUCAACAAUUUGCCAAAUUUUCUCAAUUUGUGGACUCCCAACCAGAAGACAUACGCUGCGAGCUAAAACGUUUCUAUGGCCCAUUGUUAUGCCACUUAUAUUUGGAAUUGAUCAAGGGACGUGAGACAAAAGCUGCUGUAGAUUUUCUGCGCAAAUAUUCCCAUUUAGUGGCGCCUGUUGACACAUACGAGGCUCCUUUUCCCACAAAAAUAAAUGGCUGUUCAGUGCCAUCAGCUGAUUUGAAUAUAUCCGACUCAGCUUGGCAACAUUUGAACAUACGCUACACACGAGAAUCUUUUGCCGAAGAUGAUCCCGAAUUGGAAUUCUUUAUGAAAUUAAUACAAAAAAUAUCAGCCUGCCAAAAACUAGAGACACUAGAACAAGAUCCUGAAGUUGUCCAGUAUAGAUCAUCCAAAUAUGAAAUACACACAAAUGAGGCUGUCAUAAAUGCUUUGAAAACCUUUUUGGAAAAACGUGGUCAUGUUUUAAUAUUAAAUCUUAUCUACAACUGGAUACAUAUUCACAUUAUCGACAAUGAGGUUCGGCAAUUGUCUGAAGAUACCAUCUUUAUGCCGGCCGAUGAAAUGCAACAGGAUGAUGAAGAUGAUAGUGAAAUUCCAGUGGUUAAAACAAAAUCUCAUUCUUCUUCGUCUAGUGAAAGAAGUUCAAAUAAAAGAUCAGCCGAGGAACCAGCUGAUGUACAAAUCAAAACGGAAAUGGAUGCCAACGAUAGCAAAGUUAGCGGUUACAAUGUCAAGGAUUGUCUGAAGACAAUUAAAGAGAGUCGCGAACAAAUUUUUAAAAAUCCCCUAGAAUAUCCGCGAGUCGUUAAGAUUGCUGACAAAAAUCAAGGUUUAACUUCUGCCAGUUUGGAUCCUUUGGAAUGCCACCUGGUGGCGGGUUUUGACAAUUCCGUCAUACAAUUGUGGCAAAUGAAUCAACAUUUUACCCAAGGCAAAAAUCUUUAUGGACGUAAUUUAUCAAAACAUUGUCGUUGGGAUUUAAAUAAUUUCUGUAAAGAAAAUGAAGACGAAAUGGAAAAGUCUAUAAAGGAGCUGCAUCAAAGCAAAGAUUUACAAAUGGAAUAUGUAAAAGAUAAAUACUAUGAAAAGAAAUAUGAAGAUAACUCUUAUAAUGCCUUUGGAGGUGUUAGCCUGCGUGGUCAUGGAGCGGGAGUGACAGAUGUUCGUUUUUCCCAUCAUUAUCCUUUGAUUUAUAGUGUUUCCAAAGAUAACACAAUGCGUUGUUGGCGUUCUGAAAAUCUUCAAACUGCAGCUAUUUAUCGGGGGCAUCGUUAUCCCAUUUGGUGUAUGGAUGAGAGCCCAGUUGGUAUGUAUGUGGCAACGGGUUCAAAGGAUUUAACUGCCCGAUUGUGGUCACUUGAACGGGAUUUUCCUUUAAUAACCUAUGCUGGUCAUACCCAAGAUGUUGAGUGUCUGGCUUUUCAUCCCAAUGGAAAUUACAUUGCCACGGGUUCAGCUGAUUUUUCAGUACGUCUGUGGUGUGUUACCAGCGGCAAAUUAAUGCGCGUAUUUUCUGAUUGCAAGCAGCCUGUCAGCAGUUUAAUUUUUAGUCCAGAUGGUAAAAUGCUGGCAGCUGGUGGGGAAGAAUCAAAAAUCCGCAUUUUUGAUUUAGCAGCUGGCUCACAAUUAAAUGAGCUGAAAGAUCACACGGCCACUGUUACAAACAUUGUGUGGAGUUCAAAUGGCCGUUACAUAGCAUCGGGUAGUCGGGAUGGCAGCCUAAGAAUAUGGGAUGUCAAGAAGUUGUCGGCAAUGAGUGAAAGUAGUUCAUCGUCAUCAUCUUCAUCGGCCACAUUGAAUCGCAUUGUUGCUUUGCCCACAAGUUGUCAGCGUUUGGUGAAAAUAUUUUUCAGCAAUAAUGAAAGUAUUUCUUGUUUAGGUUGUUAAAAUGUUUGUGUGAGCGUUUUUUUGUAUUAUAAGACUGUCCAUCCCAAUUUGACAAUGUAAGAUUAUUUUAAAUGAUAUUAUUUAGAUGUGUAUAAGAUUAAUUUUAAUAAUUUUUAGAAAGAAAUAAUAAUAGGAAUCACAUUAAAAAUUAUUAA